ACAACCCCCUUGAAGAAGAAGAAAAAAACAGAGAGAAAAGGCAAAACCCUAACCCAUCGGUUCGCUCCUCGUGGCGCCGGCGGCGGCAAUGGCGGCUGCGGCGGCGGACGAGGAGGGGAUCCUGGAGGUCCGGUGCGCGGGGUGCGGCGAGACGCUGGAGGUGGAGCGCGGGCUGACGGAGUUCGCAUGCCCCGGCUGCGCCACGCCGCAGGCGCUCCCGCCGGAGCUCAUGCCGCCGCCGCCGCCGCCCCCGCGCCCGCGCCGCGCGCUGCCUCUCGGGGCGGGGCCUGGGGCCGCGCCAUGGCGUGUCCCGUGCGGGGGAUGCGGCGCCGUUCUGGCCGUGCCGCGGGGUCUCCGGCGCUUCCUCGCGUGCCCGCUCUGCGGUGCCGAGGUCACCAUCGACGGCGGCGGUCGCCUUGCUUCCCACAUCGGCGUCCAUGUCGUUUCGCCGCCGGGAGCUGUCGCGCUCGCUGCCACGUCCUCGCAGCUGCCGGAGGAAGAGCCCAUAAGCCGAGCAAUUCGUCUAGAACAAGUGCAAGUAGGUAGAUACAAUAAGCCAAUUCAUUUAGAGCAGACAGGAGGCCCUUUUCCUGCUCGUUCAUUUAGAGAGGAGUCAAUCAGUUCACUCAGAUCAAACACAAGGACUGCUGUUCAUGUGGAUUGGGCAAAAGGUGCACCUGUCAACCAAUCAGUUCAUAGAGAGGAGCCACGCAUUAAGUUACUCAAUGUAACUGUUGACAGGUAUGAUUUUAGGAAGAAAUCUAGACCAUUAGCUGGCCCCGGAUUCGUUUGUGUAGACAAGGUAAGAGUGGAGCAUCCUAGUAAUGUUAGCCAUGCACCACGAGCACAAGGGCCUUCCAAUCAUUCAGUGCAUACAGAGGAGGCGCAUGGUGAGAAUGAAAGUGGCACCAUUGGAAGAAUUGGAAUCCGAAAGGCUAGCCAUGCUGCUAUUUCUAAUAUUGCGGAGCAGAAAACAUUAGAGCCUAAAAGUCAAAGUGCUUGUGCAGAACAUAUGGAAGUCGAUUCGUGUGGUAACUCAACUAGAUGGAAUCAGAAGAGGAAAAGGAGCAGCAGAACUACUGCUGGGGGUCAUGAAGGCGAAAAAGGGAGCUUGUGUUCUUCAAAUAAAGAGAUUCAUCUUACAUGUAGUAAGAAUACUCAGCCAGAAGGUAUCAGCAACAGGAAUCCUAUCCAGGAGCCAGGUCCUUCUCCAAAUGAAAAUCAAUUUGAUGCUAUUGACAGAAUCAUCACUAGUUUGUGCCCCAGUGCAUUGCCUCAGAAGCAGGUGUCGCAAGCAAGAUCAAAUGACUUGGACAACAUUGAUGCAACCUUGCCACCUGUCUCCAUAAAUCAUGAUACAUCUCAAGGUGACUGCUUCCCACAUGGCUACAGACAAUACCAAGCGGUGGCUACAGGUUCCCUUUUCAACCAGGGCUUCAGUUCAGCACAGGAACAUGAAAUACCUCAAGAAAGUUCAAAUGGCAUAGACUCUCACGAGAAAAGUAGCCCACAAGUGAGGCCUAAUUCAUCCCUUGGUAUUCUGCACAAGCAACAUAUCCAGGAGUACCCCAGCCAUGACAGUCAGUCAGAGCAGGCGCAAGUUGGGACUCACCACAACAAGAUUGUGAAGCAUUACAAGAAUACAGCAAAUGGCUCCAUGUAUUCAUUAAAUGAGGGGGAUUAUAUUGGGGAGCAGCCCCACAAUGGUGCGGACCAGCAAGUGACCCUUGUUACUGCCAGUAGUAACCCUACUACUUCACCACCACUGCUGACUGCCACUCCCUUGCUCAUUACAACUCCAUCUUCUGUCGUCACAAGACCACUAGUUCAGCAACCACCACAGUAUUACCAAUCAUCAGACACCCUCCACUCUCAGGGUGCACAGGCUGUUGGCAUAGGAUCUAUAGACAGAUCAUCGAAAAAGCGCAGGGGGCGGGGCCCUACGAAACUCAUCGAACCACGUAGAGAAGCUGACAGGCCUGUGCUGACUCCAAAUAAUGCAGACACCUGGGAUGUCAAUCCUCCUUGUCCCAAGGUGGCCUCCACCAUCUCUGCACUUCUCAAGCAGUGGCACCCAGGGUCAGCCUAUGUGCCGGCUAAUCAACACACAAAUGAAGUGCACCAGGAACAACUGAUUCUCCACUGGCACCAAUAUCAUUCAGAUACAAGGGCUAUCAUCAUGGAUGAAUUCCUCCAACGCUACAAAUGGGCCCCUGGGCAAGAAGAAUUGUGCCUGAAGCUAUUUGACCGCAAAGUAGUCAGACAAUUCACUGGACUCCUCUGUGAUGAGAAGCGAAGGGCUAGAGUGGAGUUGGCUGCAUCAAGGAAAGCUAAGGAAGCUUUGGAUGCUGCCAGGUCCAAACAAACAAAUUUGGAUGUUGAAGAUGCUGGAGAAGAGAUGAAGCAACGGCGUAGAGAUCCAGCUGCGGUGGGGCAUGAGUAUGAUAACCCAUUGCAGUGGAAACCUUUCCCCCCUGAAUGGAUGCAACCAAAGUGGUGGGAAAUGCUAUGUGAGCACUGGGCUUCAGAAGAAGUCCUGCAAGUCUCUGCCCAGAAGAGGAAAAACCGAUAUACAGGAGGCUCUGCCCAGCACACGGCAGGCUCACGGAGCAUAGCUAUGCACCGAAAACUUAUGAUCAUAGAAAAUGGUGGAAAGCCAGUAUCGGAUAUCGAAGUAUUCAAUAAGACUCACAAACGUGAUGGUGGUAAGGGGGAGUUUGUUACCGAGAAAGCUAAGAAAACUGUGGAGAGCGUUAAGCGUCGUUUGGAGGCAGGUGAUACUGAACUAGAUCCACAUCUUGUAUGGGCACAGGAGGUAGGGGGGCGGAAUCGAGGUAGGUACUAUGGGCUCCAUGGUAUCAUUGACAAAGCCCGAAUUGAUGCCAUGGCAAAAUCCGCCCCAGGUUGUUUAGAUAAAGAGACACAGAAAGAGAUGUUCACGCAAGACCAGGUGCAGGAGAUGAUUAGUCAUGCGAUGCAACAAUUAAAUGAAACUUGGGAGAAGAGGUUUCAGUCCUUGGAGCAAAGGAUGCAUGGCAUGGUGUCAUUAGAAGCUCCUCAGCAUGGUCCAUGGCGCUGUGCUGCCAGACCAGUGGCUGAGGAGGGCCAGGCGUCACACCAGGAUGCCUCAGAUUCUUCACAUGAAGGGAUACAUCAAUCUGCAACAGAUGACGAUGAGGACUAACUAGGAGCAUUUGAGCCUGCUUCUCUGUAUUUCUUUUUAAAAAACCUAGUAAUGCCAUCCGGAGUCUUUGGAGAACUUGUUGAGAUGAGCUUUAUCCAGAACCGACGACAUCGUCUAGGGACAAUCCUGUUACUUGGGUCCAUCGUCUAGGGACAAUUAUGUUACUUGGGUCCGAUGGUACUGCUUUUGUAUCACAAAAUCCUGAACUGAAUCACUGAUCAAGCCAGCCACAAUAGCAUUCAGUAAUCACUAGUGAGUAUUGUCGCGCACAACAGAGAGAGAUAAUG